CUCUCCCCGUUUCGGAUCCGGCGAGAGACCAGUCCAGCCCAGCCCAGAGCCAAGCCCAAGCCCGCACGCCGAUGGCGACCGACGCCGACGAGGCCCCGUUGCUCGCCGACGAGCCCCUGCGGCCGGGAUCCUGCAGCCGGGAGCUCGAGCUGCGGGAGUUCCGCGACCGCUACGUCUUCCGCUCGCUCGACGGCGGCGGCGCCUUCGCCGUCGCCCGCUCCGACGGCUCCCUCCGCCCCCUCUCCCCAGGUCACGCCCGCCCUAGACCGUCGGCAGCUUCCCGGCGGCGCAUUUCCAAGGAAGCCGCAGCCGGGAGCGACUGUAAGGUCUCCAAGAUAUACGGAGUGGCCGGUAUGAUCAGGUUGCUCGCCGGAACCUACGUACUUGUCAUCACUUCUCGGAAGGAUGCUGGCUCUUAUGGGGCUUCCACAGUUUACCAUGCGAAUUCGAUGAAAUUCUUGUGCUGCAACGAGGCUAUAAAGCAUUUAACUUCAGAGGAAAAACGAGAUGAGGCAUACUUCAUGUCUCUCUUGAGAAUUGCAGAAACUACUUGUGGACUUUAUUAUUCGUAUGACAGGGAUUUGACAUUAAACUUGCAGAGGGCAUCAAAGCUGGCUGCGGGGAGGGUACAUAAGCCACUAUGGAAGCAGGCUGAUCCACGGUUUGUUUGGAACAGGAAUUUGUUAGAGGAGCUUAUUGAAACUAAGCUUGAUGAGUUCAUUACCCCACUGAUCCAAGGAAGUUUUCAGACAGAGCAAUUUACCUUGAAGGAUAGACUAGUCAGAAUAACUUUAUUCUCUCAGAGAUGCAACAGGCGUUUAGGGACAAGAAUGUGGAGAAGGGGUGCAAAUCUUGAAGGUGCCACCGCCAAUUUUGUCGAGACAGAACAGCUGGUUGAGUAUGAAGGUUUAACGUCCUCAUUUAUACAGGUUAGGGGCUCUAUUCCACUUCUCUGGGAGCAGAUAGUGGAUUUAAGCUACAAACCACGACCCAGCAUUAUUGAACAUGAAGAAAUGACGAAGGUUGUUGAGCGCCACUUUCACGAUCUUUCACAAAGAUAUGGAGAUACAAUGGUUAUUGAUCUGACCGAUAAACAAGGUGAUGAAGGAAAUUUAAGCAAUGCAUUUGCUGCUGAAAUGCAGAACUUUCCUGAUAUCAGGUAUGUGCACUUUGAUUUCCAUCAUAUUUGUGGCGGAGGGAACUUUGAUAACUUGCAAGUUCUCUAUGAUGAAAUUGAGGAAGCUAUUCAGAAACAAGGAUAUUUCCUUAUGAACUCUAAAGGAGAGAUAUUGUUGGACCAAAGUGGCGUCGUUAGGUCCAACUGCAUAGAUUGCCUGGACCGCACAAAUGUGACGCAGAGUUUCCUUGCAAGAAAAUCUUUGGACUCACAGCUGCAGCGAAUGGGGGCAUUAUCAUCAGCUGAAAGUAUCUCUCAAUCUGAUAGCAUUAACGAUAAAUUUAAAAAAUUGUGGGUUGAGCAUGGUGAUGAGCUAAGCCUUGAAUAUGCUGGUUCUUAUGCCUUAAAGGGAGACCUUGUAAGGUAUGGAAGGCAGACACUGCCUGGAUUGAUUAAAGAUGGCAUGAGCGCUCUUUCCCGGUAUUAUUUGAACAAUUUUCAUGAUGGAGUGCGACAAGAUGCUCUAGAUCUUAUCAGUGGUUACUACACGGUCAGCAAAAGCAGUUCUUCUCCUUUUCAAAUCAUUGGAUUUGAAUCUGCACCAUAUCUUCCUGUGGCGUCGGCAAUCAUAGUUGGUGGGAUCACUGUCACAACUUUCACUCUUAGUCAAGUUGGACGGAGCGCACAACACCUCAUCUCGUCCAUCAUCUUUGCUGGCUUGACAGCCGGAGUGAUAGCCUUGGUGAAAGCGAAUGGGAAGCAGCUCUGCUCUAGACCCCGAUUAUGCGGUCUGAUCUAGUUGGCGGUCCCUUUUCUCUUGUCCAGUUCUCAGAGCUUUGUUGCUGGAAUCUGAAUGGGUAUGAAGUGUUGAUAGCAAGCUACGUGUCCGCUGUCAGCGUAGAUAGAUUAAGCAAGGGAAAGGUUGGCUUGCUGGUCCGGUUAAUCUGAAGUAAAUUUUGUAACACCUGGUUAGAUUGUCUGGUUUCCUGGUAAAUAGUGGAUUGUGCAGUCAGAGACACGCCAUCUUGUAGUAAUGAAAAUUAAGGUUAAAUUGUAACAUUGAAUUCUACCGCACAGUUUCUGUA